UUUCGUGAAUAUAACUUGCAAGUAACUCAGAUUUGCAGAAGAAAAUACCUGAAUGCUGGAAUUGAACCAGGUACAGCCGUUGGUGUCGGGGCACAAUCAAUCGGAGAACCAGGCAUGCAAAUGACCUUCUAUUUUGCUGGUGUGGCGUCUGCAAAUAAAACUCUUGAAGUUCAGCAUAUCAAGAAAAUCAUAAAUGCAUUAAAGACUAUAAGCACACCAAUUAUCACUUAUUGUCAAGUCUAUUUGAGAAGUUUUAAAUAUGAUGAUUGCUUUCUAAGAAUUAUUUUGGACUUGAAAGCUAUUCCAAAACUACAGUUGGAAAUUGGCGACGCGUAA